UUUUUCUCUCUUUCACUCAAAACCCCCCAUUUUCUUUCUCUCUCCACAAGUCAAGAGAGAGAAAAAGUCACAAGGAUAUAGAGAGAGAAGAGUGAAGGGUCUCCAUAGUCUACAAUUUUUCUCUUCUUCGAAAUUCUACUUUGUUUACUUGCCAAGCAAAAUCCAAGAAAAAACCCCAAAAAAGAAAACCCAGAUCGGCGAUCCAGCAAGAAAUCAAAUGGGUCAGCAGAAGGCUUUGAUCUAUGCGUUUGUGGGUCGUGGGAAUGUGAUAUUGGCUGAAUACACAGAUUUCAGUGGUAACUUCAACUCCAUAGCUUAUCAGUGCCUUCAGAAGCUCCCUGCUUCCAAUAACAAGUUCACUUACAACUGUGAUGGUCACACCUUCAAUUACCUUGUCGAUAAUGGCUUCACAUACUGUGUGGUUGCUGAGGAGUCCGUUGGAAGACAAGUUCCAAUAGCAUUUUUGGAGCGUGUUAAGGAUGAUUUUGUGUCGAAAUAUGGGGGUGGGAAGGCUGCCACAGCUCCUCCAAACAGCCUGAACAAGGAAUUCGGACCUAAGUUGAAGGAGCAUAUGCAGUAUUGUGCUGACCAUCCUGAUGAAAUUAGCAAAAUUGCGAAGGUGAAAGCCCAGGUUUCGGAAGUUAAAGGUGUUAUGAUGGAAAACAUUGAGAAGGUUCUUGAUCGUGGAGAAAAGAUAGAGCUUCUUGUGGAUAAGACGGAGAACCUUCAUCACCAGGCACAAGACUUCAGGAAUACUGGAACCCAAAUCCGGAGGAAAAUGUGGCUGCAAAACAUGAAGAUCAAGCUGAUAGUGUUAGGUAUCCUGAUUGCUUUGAUCCUCAUCAUUGUCCUCUCAGUUUGCAAGGGGUUCAAUUGUGGAAAGUAAACAUGUUUAUGUUGUGAUGCAUGCAAUUCUACGAAAAGCUUCGUCCUAUAUCAGCAUUGAUGAUUCUACGAGAAAAGAGACAGAUGUUAUGUUCUGUAUGUAUUAGUCUAUUAGAGUACUCACUGUUUCUGUUUGUUGGAGCAGAAAGGAUCCGUUUUGUUUUAUUUACGUUUGGGUCGAAAUGUCAUAGUAUAUGAUGUCAUUGUGAGAUCGUUUUGUGCUGUGAAUGAUUUGUUCCUUACAGAAGGAAAAAACUUGCAAUGCUAAAGGAAAUUUUACCUCCUGUA